CUUGUACACUCGUUCCAAUACUAUAGACACUAGCGUCUGUUUUGUUUUGUUUUUUUUUUAAUCAGGAGCCGCAUUAGGAUCCCAGAUCAAGUCCCGCAUAUCUUCUUUUUUUCAUUAAUUAGACAACCGGCCGGAGAAUGAUCCGCGCAAAGAGAACAAAUACCCAGCCGUUGGAAGACAGCUCCAAUGCGCCUGCUACAUUCAACGAUGGUCUCCCACUCCCUAAGCUGAUCGCCUUUGAUCUGGACUACACUCUAUGGCCGUUUUGGGUCGACACCCAUGUCAGCGCACCAAUUAAGCCCCGCGACAACAACUCCCGUUGCACUGACAAGUGGAAUGAAUCCUUUGCCUUCUACCCGGGCGUCUCCUCCAUCAUCUACGCUUGCAAAAACCGCUCGAUCCCGCUGGCUCUCGCCUCGCGCACCCACGCACCAGAUCUAGCCCGCGACAUGCUCAAGGCCUUACACAUCAUCCCGAAUUUCUCGGAUAACCCGGCCAACAAGACCAAAUCUAUUCGUGCCCUAGACUACUUCGACUACGUGCAGAUUUUCCCCGCGACCAAGACACAGCAUUUUUCGCGCAUUCAUCAGGCGAGUGGGGUUGCGUACGAGGAUAUGCUCUUUUUCGACGACGAGGCUCGGAACCGAAAUGUGGAGAUGGAGCUCGGGGUGACGUUUUGUUUGGUUAGAGAUGGCAUGACCAAGGAGGAGGUGGAUCGGGGGGUUUGGGCAUGGCGGAAGAGAAAUGGGAUUAAGCCUGCUGUAACUUGGGGAGGGCAGUGAGGGGUUGAAUUGAUUUGAUAUUGGAUUUGGUUUGAAGUCGGUAUUUAGACUUGUUAUGAGAUACCCAGCCUCGAAAGAAGGCAUGAAAGGAAGAGAUAAAGGAGCUAUUGAUUUAUUUACCCAGAAUCGCAUUUUGAAGUUGA